AUGGCGCUUCUCGUGGAUAAACACCGGCCUCGAUCCCUCGAUCAAUUAACAUAUCACAAAGACCUCUCUGAGCGCCUCCGCUCACUCGCCCAAAGCGGCGACUUCCCCCACCUCCUAGUCUACGGUCCGUCCGGCGCAGGAAAAAAGACACGUAUAGUAGCCACACUGAAAGAACUGUACGGCCCCGGCGUGGAAAAGAUAAAGAUCGACUCCCGAGUCUUCCAAACGACCUCUAACCGCAAACUGGAAUUCAAUAUCGUCGCCUCAGUGUAUCACCUCGAAAUCACACCCUCAGAUGUAGGCAUUUAUGACCGAGUGGUGGUGCAGGAUUUAUUAAAGGAGGUAGCGCAGACGCAGCAGGUGGAUCAGAGCGCAAAACAGAGAUUCAAGGUCGUAGUUAUCAACGAGGCGGAUCAUUUAACAAGGGAUGCACAAGCAGCGCUGAGGAGGACGAUGGAGAAGUAUAGUCCGAAUUUGAGGUUGAUUUUGCUGGCGAAUAGCACGGCGAAUAUUAUUGCGCCGAUUAGGUCGAGGACGCUGCUUGUGAGGGUAGCUGCACCAACUGAGCUGGAGAUUUGCGAGGUGCUUGCUAAGAGUGGGAAAAAGGAGGGGUUUCUAGCUGCGAGGGAGUUGGAGAAGAGGAUUGCCAAGGAGAGUGGUAGGAAUUUGAGGAGGGCGCUGUUGAUGUAUGAGGCUGUUCAUGCGCAAAACGAGAAAGUAUCUGACGACACGCCAAUCCCACCUCCAGACUGGGAAGCCCUCAUUGGCGUAGUAGCCCAAGAAAUCAUGGCCGAGCACUCCCCAGCACGGAUCCUUCAAGUGCGCGCGAAACUCUACGAUCUCCUAACCCAUUGCAUUCCACCAACCACAAUCCUCAAGACCCUGACUUUCAAACUUAUCCCCCUUAUUGACGAUGCGCUGAAGGCUGAUGUCAUAAAGUGGGCGGCCUUCUAUGAGCAUCGGAUUCGUAUGGGUACCAAGGUCAUCUUUCAUCUGGAGGCCUUUGUCGCUAAGUUUAUGCGCAUUUUAGAGGAGUAUCUUAUGGGGAUGGAUUUCUAA